GAGGAAAGUCGAGGAAGAAAGCGCGUUCGUCGUCGUUCGCGACGAUCGAUAAAUGGAUAAAUAGAGUGUUUGUUCGAGGAUGUCGCGAUCGAAAUCGCGGGGAUAAUAGAGUCUAAGAGGCGCUAGAUUCGAAAGUUGCGCGAAAGGUUCGAGGCCAUCGCUCGAGGUUGGCGUCAUCUAGCAAGACGAGCAACCGAAAGAGAAAGAAAUUCUCCGAGGGAUCGCGACGCAGGAUCUGAAGAGGGACGAGGAAUCACAGUGGAGGAAAGAAGCAGGUGUGGUGGAAAGGAGACGGAGUAAGAUGGUCGUAGCUCCGCUUGCGCUCUCAGGCACAAACUACUCGACCACCAGCCGGCACGGAUCCGAAACCCUACCUUCUCUCUGGUUGUCUCUGGUUUUAUAACUCGCUUCGCAGAAUACGUUCACCUUGCGCCCUUGGGCCCACGUGACAACCCUCGAACCGCUCGUUCGAAUUUCUUUUUCGCCAGAGAGGAAGGAAAGUUCAAGGCUCUGCUCUUCUUCGCUUCUUGAAAACGCCUUGGCUCGAGAGAGAGAAAGAGACAGGCCACCUGGUUAUUGUUGUAUUUCGUUGCAACACCGAUCUGAUCACCGCCUCUCCUCUCCUCCUCGUUCCUUUUCCGCUGUCAUAAGUUCGAAUGAGAUACAGAGUUUGCCGGUAUCGAUAUCGAAGCGUCCUGCGAACGGUAAUCGUAGGAUGUGGUUCGAAGGAUCGAUUCGAGGAUUCUGAAAUUUUUGCCCGGAUCGAGUGACUUGAUUCUUGACAACAUGUGGGGUUAUCCUGUGCGAGGCGAGCUCUCGUAGGAUUCUUUUUCCUCGUCGAGGAAGGGAACAGUGAACAGUACUCUCUUCCCCCCUCGUCAGUCAACGACGCGAGUACCAAGUAUCGAUGGAAAAAUCGAUCGACGAGAUCGAUCCUGGUUCCACGUGAGAAGAGCAUGGACAGAGUUGCGUUGGAAAGGAGAGAAGGUGAAGAGAACAGGAAAAAGAGAGGAAAAAUUUCCCGAGGGAGAAGUGGAGAUAAGAUGAUUAUCCCGAUUGUGUGAUUGCUUGACAAACUUCGUGCACGUGCUAUCAUCGAUCGUCGAUCUUCAUCGAACGCUGUGAUCGAUGGGAUUCACCGCAUGGCUCGUCGAAUCCAGUUGAAAUUUAACAGAAUGCAGCGGAGAAGAUGCGUCUUCUAGUCCUCGUCCUCGCGGGCAUCUUGAACGUUCUCGAGUUUGUUCGUUGUCAAGAGCUUUCGGUCAUCAGGCACUCCGAUGGAGACAUUUUCACGUUGGAAGGUUCCUGCACGGAGGCUUGCACGGUGCUCAGCAGCGGAACAGCCAGCCCUUACACGCGUAGCCCUUCGACCGCAGGGCUCGUUCCUCCUAACAACACUUGCACCUGCCAGUGCAACUACGGGCUACCCACCUUCCGGGAGGAUCUUCACAUCUGCGUGAACGAUAUUCACGAAUGCAACGUUGCUGGUUUCGUGAGCGGCACAGGCCAAGUCGAGAGGGUGCCAUACGUGUUUCUACCUCAACGUGGCCAGAUAAUCUAUCCUCACGCAGAAAUACGCUUCGAAGGUGUGACAACGCCGGUGUGCGGAAUAACUGGGGCUCAGCAAUUGGGGCGAGCAGGAUGGUCAGAGUUGAGGAAUCUUUCGGACACCGAGCCACCCUUCAGGCUGUUUCGUGACGAAGGAAGAACGUUUCUACAGUGGAUCGGCGAAACUGGGCUGAGAGAAGCGGCUGAGGGUCGCGUGGUGACAGCGAAACUCGUGUGCAGAGACGCCUCUCAGAAGUCGAAGCUCCCCGGUGUCUUCACCCCGUGCGUGGCUUUCAGGGUGGCUGGUUCACAGUCCAAAAGCAACGUUCGAGAAGUGAUGUUCUCCUCGACAACGCAACUGUCGCAAGGGCUCUCCGCGACCGAGUACACGGCCAUCGGCCUCUCAUCCGUGAUCCUUGCAUUGAUCUACGUCGCGAGCGUGUCCCUGUAUCUCCACAGCAAAAAGGCGAAGAGAAAGAUCGUCGAGGAGCCGGAAAUAAACUUGGCCCCUGGCCGAGAAGUGAGUGGGUUGGUGAAGAGCAACCCUUUGCUCGCCGCUUCGAGACACUUCGAGAGCGAUACUAACAGUGGUUUAACGGAGAGCGAUCUGGGGGAUGAUCUUCCACCUAGCGACGGUGAACAGGGAUUCGAAAAUGUUACUUCGGCUAUCGUUCAUCCCCAUUGCAUUUACAUGGAACAGUCUGAAGCUUGCUUUGGAACUGGAUCCAUUCUAGGGGAAAGAUUGCCAGAAGAGGAUGUGCGAGUCGUGGAAACCGUGGAUAAUCCCCAUCAACAGGAUGUUCCCGUAUUACCUGGAGCUCAGAGAAGAAAGUUGUACUUCAAUCCUGCUUACUUCGACAGACAAUUGUUGCUCGCACCUCCUCCAGCAGCUAUCGAAUUUCUUAUAAAAAUUCGGGAGGUCAUCUCCAUAGCGAAGCACAAAAUGGCUGCAAAGAAAUUCGUCCCUAUCCUCGUCGGGAUCCCGGAAGAGGAAACGAACACGGAACAAUGCGACACGACGAGCAAGAAUCAGCUUCAACAAUCGGCCUCGAAUUCGACUCGAAGUUCUAUCACCAAGUCACGGAAGUCGCAACGAUGCACCGGAUGCCCCGGCUGCACAACGGACACGUUCAGAGACACUACUCUUCCAGAAUCCGAUCAGUUAAAUCCGGGUGAGAGUAAGGUUCGAGCAUGGUUGGCGGACGUUAGGUCGACGCCUCAACGUUGGCGAGACGCGGAAGAAGCUCGAAAGACCCUUCAAGAGAACACGAAAACCUUCAACAAGAAUUUAGAGUAUUUAAAGGAAUUGGCCAAACGAGAAUUCGACACGGAUGCGAAAGGGAAUUUGUUGUCGGGAAAAAUUGUUUCUUCGUGGAAGGAGAAUUCACAAAUGAUGAUGAGAACGUUUCAAAACGUGGCAAGGAGCGAAAUUCUCGAGACGGACGAUCGACACAGCGUUUCGAAACGUUCGACCAAAUCGAUGUUCGAGGAAUCCAAUUAUUAUUCGCUGAGAAGAAACGAGGAUACUUCGAUUAGUGGGGGCAACGGUGAUGAAGUCAUCAACACCAAGGUGAGGAAAGCCAUCGAAAAUUCGUUCAUCAAACAGAUGGAAGAGAACGCCAUUCUGGAGAAAGGGACGGCGGAGAAAGAAGAAAAUAAAGAAGAGGGGAACAUGGCGGUUCUUUCUAGCAAUGAAAAUGGGAAGGAGGAAGGAAGAACAAGUAUGAGGGAGGGUUCGUUGCGGAAAGGAACGAAUGAAUCGGGCGAAAAUUCGACGGGAUCGAAAAAAGAAUUGCCGGACAUGAUCAACGAGCUUCCAAAUGCUAAAAAUACAGCGAAACGUAUCAUGGAUGCCGUUAUCCGUGAAAUGGUUGACGCAAAGGUGUUGGUUGAACAUCACUCGAAAUCGGAGAAUAUCGGUGAUUACGAAGUGGAUAGUUUGGAACGGUCGAAAUCCAGCAGGAAAUCGUCCAAUUCGCCAGAAUCCACCGAUCAAUCGAGCCCAGCUUUGUCCACAGCUCUGCCAAUGGAUGAAGAAUUGACGAUGCAAAAUGCUGUGAUCAAUCCAAGAACUGGUGAGAUGAUGAUAUCGAAUAAAUUAAAUAAAGAUAUUUUCGAAAAAGGGUAUUAUAAUAAUCUACCGGAGUUAAUCUCUUCUCAAAAAUCGGAGAGUUAUUCCCUCGUUAGCGAGGUGUAUGUGAACGAUGGUUACGAUAGUCCAGCCUGCAGCGACGAUUCUGGGCCAGAGAUUCAAUACGAGGCCGAGAAUCCUGGACAUUUGACUAUUAAAGUUCAAGAUUCGCCGAAAAAUUAUGUAAAACAGGACGAGUCUGAGUACGAACCGGACACGUUAGACAGAAAACCGAUGAAGUUGAAAAUCAACGAUGGCACGAGUUAUGAAAAAGACGUUCCCGAUGAGAUCUAUGUCGAUUCUCUCGAAAGGCCUGCUCAAAUUCUUCUCAAAAGUAAGGGUAGCUUUCGUGAUCAAGACUCGGGGAAAAAUGGCCCUUGUUUGCAUCGUGGCUACGGAAGUCUUCGAGAAAUCUACGAGGCUAGAUUGAAAUCCAAUUCCAAGGAAUUGAAUAAUAGCACUAAAUCGUUGAACGGCCAUUUAGAAGAUUCCAUAUCUUGGAAGAAAUGUAAGUAUUUAACACCCGAAAUAAGACAGUUGAAAAGACAACGACAACCGAGCAACCAACCGGACGUGGUACCAUUACCGCCCACGGAGGACAUCUAUCAGCAUCCAAAACCUCCACGGCGUGUGAAAGAUACGAAAUUAUCAUCGAACUCUGUGUCAAAAAACGGGUGGGACAGGAGUCCUGCCGAAGCGGGUGACCCUACGACCAGCAACGGUUCUCCUGUCCCCUGUGACUAUUUCCACGUAGGGGCCAUUGAUUGUUCUUAUUCCGAUAAGGUUCAACGACAACAAGCCGAGGAGUCGACGACAAAAUGCAAGCAUCAAUUGAUAGAUGAAACGAGAAAUAAUUGCAUGCGAGAAAAGUCAAAGACUAAUUUAUCUGCAUCAUGGUAUAAUUCUCGCAUUCAAAAGGAUAAAAAGAAAUUUCUCGAUCAAUGUCAGAAACAAGAUUUCCAAAGAAAACAUCUGACAAGACCUUCCAGAAAUAACGAAUCCGUUACCAAUUAUUCCACGAAUCAUUUGUUCGGAUAUCAACCGCAAGCACGAAUGAAAAUAGAAGAUAGCGGAUAUUUAAGUAGCACGGAUAGUAAUGGGUCGCACAAACAACUGCUAAAACACGAAGUGAGUAGCGUCUCGGAAACUGAUGAAACCGAAUCCGUCUGUGAUGGAGCGAGCGAGAGCGGUGCAGAAAGUGUUGGAACGGAUAGUGUUUUCUUUGGAAAUUUUCGCAAACUUUCAAACGUGUCUAAUUUGUUGAAAAAUAAUGAUUCAGGGAUGGAAAUUGGAACGAAAAACUCUUACAUUCAACCAUUUUGUGCCAAAAAUGAGAAUAGAGUUUUAGAAAAAUCAAAUUUUAGCACCAGCGACAGCGAAACUGAAAGUUUUAUCACGGUUCUUCCACCGUGUGGAUCUAAAGAAUCAGUUUAAUUAUGCACGAUAAGUAAAUAUUAAAAUUAUAUAUAUAUAUUUAAAUGAAACCUUAAAUUAGAAUGGUACAUUAGAAUAGAUGGUAAUUAUUAUGCUUGUUUAAUGAUCACAAUUAAGAAUUGUGAUUAUAAUAGUAAUUUAUAGAAUCUUUUUAUUUCUUCAUAUUUCUAAUUUUUUUUCUC